GGUUUUAGUUCAAGAUCCAUAUCGCCAAAAUAUUGAACGCAGCCAUGUCCCAAGAAGAGUCUCCGGAAAUUGAAUAUUGUUUAGUUUUUUUUUUAUUUAUCCGAUAUAUUAAUUGGAUGAGGGAUCUAAUUUGUGCAAAUGUAUUUUCCACAGAGUAUCAUGGCACCUCUGAUUCCAAAAAGCGUCCCGUUCCCCCCAAAAACAGACACUAUAGUAAGCUGUUUGGGUUAUAUUACCGGUAUUCUAAUGCAGUUGAGUAUCCGUUUGAGUAUCAGGUGGUGGUAGUGUUUAUCCUGUCACCUCAAGUGAAGUUCAGACAGGGUCAGCCCCGCGUUCUGUCGGGUCUCUGCUCUGCGCCUGGAUGCAUUCUGUCAGCAUCAUCAGAGCAACGAACCGAGCCUAGAUUCAUGACGUCAGAGCGCGACCGACUCUCAAGACACAGCAGUCUGUGUUUGUGUCUCCUCUCAUCUCGUACUGACUCCCCCUGCAGUGCACAGAGGCUACACACACAAAACCAACCCCUCCUUCUGUCCAAAUAUGUUGUAUUCUGUCCGGAUCCCUGAAGGAGCAGCCAGCAAACAAGGAGACGGGAUAAAUAAUAAAAACGAAUGCCGCUUGACCAGCAACACAAAGAGGGCGUCACUUAUCAACCUACAAUCGUGAAGCAAAUCUCCGCUUUAUAUAGAAGACAGUAGUACUCGUCCGACUAUCUCGCAGUGGCUUGAUUAUAGUCACCUUCGUCGUUGGAUUUUUCGGUAAAGGUACGGUCAAGGCUCGAGCCUCCGAGAUGCACGGUGGCUGCUGCUGUCGCCAAGCGCUGCACCACACCACGGACACCGAUACCAGCCCGGUUCUAUCAUGGUUUUCAAACGGAGAGCAAGGAGGAUGCGGUUGGGGUGCUUUCGGGUGGGGCCCAUGUGGCUCUGGAAGGCCCUGCUGGUGUUUGUGGCUAUUGCAUUUGCUGGACAGCUGCUUGGGGUCAUCUUCAACAAAAGCCUCCAGCAGGACAGGUCGCGGUCACUGUUUUCGCCCGACGGCCAGGGCCCUUCUUUGGGCUCCUGUCGGCCCCAUACCCAUGUCAUGUUCCUAAAGACCCACAAAACAGCCAGCAGCACAGUCCUUAACAUGCUGUACCGAUAUGGAGAGGAGAGUGAUCUGCACUUUGCCCUGCCUAUGGGUUACCAGUUCGGCUACCCACUCCCCUUCAAUGCUCACAGGGUCAAAGGUUACAGGGGCCCCCACGUGAUAGAGUACGGCAUCAUGGGAAACCACAUGAGGUUCUACAAACCAGAGGUUGAGAAGGUAAUGCCGGCGGACACAUUCUACUUCUCUAUCGUGCGUGACCCCGUAGCGCUGGCUGAGUCGUCCUAUGCCUACUACAAAUCUGUCGCCCCUGCUUUUAAAAAGGCUAAAGGCCUGGGUGACUUUGCGGACAACCCCAGGAAAUACUACGACCCUCGUCUCCGUAACAACCACUAUGCACGCAACCUGCUCUGGUUUGACUUCGGCCUCGACCACAAUGCCAACUUUUCGACCCAGCUGGCCCGGCGCGGCGAGGAGUCCAUUCGACACGCAUUCAAACUCAUCCUAGUCUCUGAGUACUUUGACCAGUCAAUGGUCUUGCUUCGACACGCCCUCUGCUGGCCUCUGGACGCCGUCGUCUCCUUCAGCCUCAACGCUCGUCAGCAAAAGCCCAGCGGUGGCAGCUCCUGGGUGGGCAAAGCGGCAGCUCCCCAGCCCCCCACCCUGUCUCUCACGGACGCCCAGCGUCUAAAGCUCCGCGACUGGAACGCCUUGGACUGGCACCUCUACCAGGCCUUCAACCGCUCCUUCUGGGAAGAAGUGGACCGCUUUGGGAGAACCAGGAUGGAACAGGAGGUGACCCUCCUUCGGACCCGACGAGAGGUAAUGGCCCGGGUCUGCCUGAGGGACGGUGGGAGACCCGUUGAGGCUGCCCGCAUUCGGGACAAGACCAUCCGUCCCUUCCAGAGCGGCUUGGUGAAGAUCCUGGGGUAUGAGCUCCAGCCUGGGCUGGGAAACGCCACCCGCCAGGCCUGUCUACGGAUGAUCCGGCCGGAGAUCCAGUAUAAAGACCUGCUGGAUAACAAGCAGUUCCCCAGGUCUGCACCCCAGGCAGCGGCUAACCCAGCUGGGGGGGGGCAUGUGAGGAAAGACUCCUCGCAACUCAGGACAGGGGAGCUGGCGGUGGGGGGGAGGGGGGGAGUAGGGAGGACAGGGGAGGAGGAGAGGGACUGGGACGGAAGUCUGUUGUCUCGUAGUACUAGUAAUAACCAAACAUUGCUAGGAGGAGGUGGCAGAGGAGGAAUAAGAAGAGGAGGAGGAGUUAUGAGAGGAGGAGGAGGAGUGAGAUAGUUUUCCAUCUUGCAUACUCUGAUUAGAGAAGUUGUUGAGGAUUUCUGACUCAUCCACUAGUGAGUAUAACUGACAAGACUAAAGAAGUGAAAAGACUCAUUCCCCGUCCAGCCCGGCUGCACUUCCACUUUAUUGUACAUUCUUGUUCUUCUGGCUCUUAUGAGCUUCAUGACUAGAUUAGGGACUGCUUAUGUCAUGUUCCUCUGGACGUUUUCAAAUGCCACUUGACGCAGAGCUUCAUUUCAUUCAGUGCCACCAACUGUUGUACAAAAUUGAGCUUUUCUGAUUGAGAAGGUUACAGUGGGUGGUCCUGCAUUCUAAAUAUUCUCCUGCACGAUCACUUACUUAUUUUAUUUUCUUUUACUUUUCUUGAAUGCUAAAAGGUGAAUGAAAUGACAGUAGCCAGAGAGGCAGCCAGCCGAAGCUACAAACUGACAAUUUUUCCCACCCAAUGUAAGUUACACGUUUUGAAUGCAGCCUACGGUACCUAGACCAGGAAUGAGACAUUACCCUGUGACUGCAGUGUCCAAGUAUAGAAACUGUAGCCCACAUGAGGAGGUGAUUGUGGGGAAUAGUGUCUGGAAUGCCCGGAAAGCAGUGAUGUAAAACACGAUCCGUUCCAUUCACUCAAAUCCAGCUAUUAAAAUGAGCCAGUCCUCCAAUUUAGAGCAACACCACUCUCCAGUGAUAUGAGGCCAGCCAUGGAGAGCUGCAAAUCUCACAACAGGCCUAACUGUGAUUUUUCCCAGAUGGUUGUUAGGAGAGCGAUAGACUAAACUCUUCAGUUCAAACACAUGGUACUUUGAUAAGGAUCAAAGCGUACAGCAGAAAUUUGUUAUAUCCGAGCUGAAACACUGUGGGGAAACGGAUAGCAUGUCUCGGAAUCGUUUAGUGUUGCUUUUUCAGUCCGGCUUCCCACAGGUCCAGUAAUACUGCUUACACAGUAUUUUCCAAUGUGAGCAUUCGACUUGAGCCAUGAAUUCUGCAGCUUGUCUUGUCAUGCACACAUUACACGCAUCGCCAUCACACUUGUAUGUGGGCAUUUAACAUGCAACUAACAUGCUAUACUUUAUCAUAGAAGCUAACUUGAAAUUUAACUCUCGCACGUCUCGGCCUGCCAGUGCUAGUGGUGUCGGGUGACCAUUUAGCCCAAUCUAGAAAGAGACAUUGCCUACUGCUCUGUAGGUGUAACACUAGCAUGGGAUCGUAUGUGUGAAGGUGUUUUACCUUUUAAACCUUCCUAGGUCUGGGGAUCUUAGGUCAAAUUAAAGAUUUUGGUGGCUCAACGUUAUGUAGAACAUUUGUCAGUUUGUUCAGAUUGGGGGGGAAAGUUUCGGAAAAAAUACAACAUUUCGACUAACACACUUAAAAACACUCUUAAACAGAACUCAUCCAGUCGUGUCUUAAUGAAAAAAUUAUAAGUGGCUGAAAGAAGAAUAUGUCGAUGCAUGUGUUUUGACCAACACUAAGCUGAUUGUUUGCAAAGAACAUAUUUAAACAGUAAACUCAACCGCUUCUAUGUCUUAUUGCAGAGUGUAUGCAAAGUAAAUGUUUUCUCUUUUGCAAAACAUUUCACAACUAAAAUGAUUUGUUUGGUGGAAUAAAUAUACCCCAGCACUCAAACUCAAUAGACACUUAAGUAAAGCACCACCUGAUCUGGGAACAGGCUAGAGCAAUGCCACUGAAUAAAAAGCUGCUAGCUGUAAAGAAUCAGUAUAAAACACACAAAGGUAUUUGUGAUCUUUUUUGUGAUCUUUUUUUCUUUUGGUUUAUUGUCCCAGUUCUUAACAAAAUUACUGAAAGAAAAUUGAAAAAGGAGAGGUACUGCUGGAAUUUGUCCAAUUAAAAACAGUGAUUUCUGUUUGAUAUAGGGUUCUAUUUUCAUACCUACUGAACAUGACCCAGAACUCGGCUGCAACUUUUAGAGGGAACAAUUGGGUUGGUUUGUGAGCAUGUUUAACAUAGUCGGUGAAUUCAUUGUUCAUAAACCUGAAACUAUUGUUUUUCCCAGUCACAAUGACACAUACAUACAAUGACACUAUACUCUUAGAGUUGUUUUUAAAAGGUGAAUUUUGUUAUGCCUUUCUGUUGUGAGGGGUGGCAGUCAUUGAAUUAUUGCUUCUUAAUUACACUACACUGUUGGUUUGAUGUCAUAUUGCGAGUUGUAAAGAUUUAUUCAAGACAUUCACUUAAAACAUCCAUAACUGAAAGGUAAUUUUCUCAUUUUUAUCAAGUGUUUUGAAAAUGCUUAGGGAACUUGGUAGUUACAAUUGAUUUGGCUGCAUCUAUCUGCCUUUAUGUCUUACAUUGAAAUGAAUUAUGAUUAUGGCAGAUGUCUUAACAUUGAGCCCAUUUUGCGACUGUAUUUAAAUUGUUCAUCCUUCUAUUCAUUUUUUUUUUUACUUCUUGGUUUAUGAUGGUUUUAGGAGAAAAGGGAGACGUUGAAUGUUCAAGAAAACGCUAUUACAAAUCAUGCUAUAAAAUCUGAUGCAAACAUUCGAUUCACUGUAAAAUCCAGGAAUGACAACCAUUUCGAUUAAAAUAUUUGUUUGCCUUAGAAAAUAAAACACACAAAUGUAAUGGUACAAGACCUAAGUUACCAUGCGCUUGUGAAGUAUUAACACAUGAAAAGAACGUCUGGAAUUCACCAACACACACUCAGCACAAGAAAAGCAGUGGUGUAGCCCAGUGUACAAAUGUACCUAUUGAGAAUACUGUAGGAAAGUUAAAUUUUGUUCCUCAAAAAGUCUGACUGAUAUUUAACCGACUGUGGAUGGAUUUGAUUCAUUAUAAUUUUUGAAGGCUGCCUCAAAGGCUGGUUUCAAGGCAUUCCUGUCACUUGUCUGGAUUGCUAUGGUACUGUGACAGUGGUACCUUUCUGAGGACCUCUCCACUAUUGACUUGUUACACUAUUCUCACCUGAUGGGAACCAUGUUAUAUAUAUUAUGUCAAUGUGAGAAUGAAUGGUACCACGCACUGCUAAAAUAAAUUAUUCUCGUCUCAUGUUGAGUCAAAGCACACUCACCUGGAAUCAUGAAACAUUUUCUUUUCCUUUUUUUUCUCAUUGCCAUAAAAAAUAAAUGUGGAUCAUUCUUGAAAGUGGGUAAUAUGGUCUUUAAGCAAUGAAAUGGAACUUAAAUUGUCCCUCCACCAAAGAGUAUUAGAAAUAGAAUGGAUAACAUGAUUGAAUGAAAUUGUUUGGAUAAACAACAGAAAUAUGUCCUAGGGUAAAAUGAGGGAAUAGAGACUUGGGGGAAAUUAUAGACUUAUAUUAUACUUGGGAGCUGUGCUUGUGCAGACACCGUAAGUAAUAUUUAUUGUAUCACUAUCUCUUUGUUACUUGAAGUUGUUUAUACUUGGUUUGAAACUUGUAAUUGGUGUGCAUUCAUUCAUUGGUUUCAGUUUGUUUUCAAUUGUAUGAAAUAAAAGUAAAUCUUUACUGCCAAAAACAUGUGUAUCCUA